GUUGGAAUUCGCAUAUGUCUGGCUGCUGUGGCCCUUCGAGCAUAAGCCAAUGUCUCCAUGGUCAACAGUGGUCAUACUUUCAACCUGUAGUGGUCGGGUUUGGCACAUCUCCACCUGUUUGUGCUGAGUGUGUGUUGAAGAGAGAGAGGUCAGGCAUAAGCUGAUGAAUUCUGGUUUUCCAAGCCACAAAUCUCUAGAGACACCAUGAAACCUAGUCAGGAGGAUCAGUUACUUACUGCUCACCUCUUAUUCUGGAUCCUUCUUAGAAGAGUUUCUGGAAAACCCCGAUUUCUUUUCAGCUUCUCUCUCCUUUUCCUUCCCACUAGCUCACAGAUGAGCUUGUUUUGUUCUUAUGUCUGUGGAGCAGAUAUACUGAGGGGGAUAGAGGCGCUGCUGAACAACCAUGGCAUGGCCCAAGGGGGCCCUGGUAACUGGCAUUGAUAGUUUGGUGUGGAACUGUGUGCUGGGUCUACGCUCUGUAUUCAUCCCACUUCUCGGGGUCAAUCGCCUUCAUUGACUGCCUCAAAUCAAACUCCACCAUAAGCUUACCAACUCACGUCAGUGUAAGGUGCUGUGAUCUGCAGUCGGAGCAGUGAUGUUUGACUGAGCCUUGAACUUCAGGAUGAAACACUGUGUUGCUGAUGCAAGCAGUCAACCUUCGCUGUAGUUGACCAGCAUUUAUUCAGGCUUUGAAUGAAUGGAGUCUUUAGAAUUCGAUGAGUAUUUUAGACCAUAGAUAUGUACUACCUAUGAGAUGUGUUUGGGCAUCUUCCUAAGUCGAGCAUUAGAUCUAUUUUUGGCAUGACAGAGGAAUGACAAGGAUAUAUUCCCCACAUUUUUCUUCAUUCAACUUUUUGUAUUUUUUUUUAAUUUCACGUGAAUCAUUUGGUGCGGGGGAAGCAAUAUCUAUGUAACAUCAAAAAUAGUUUCACUUGUGCCUCGGUUGACUCUCAAAAUCUGCUCUUGGGUUUGUCUGUCUGUCUUUCUGUAUUUGUAGAAAAGAGAAAUAUAAGAAAUCAAAAUUUUUAUUUUUGAAAGGAAAAAUACCUUGCAAUGAGAAGCUGCCUGACAUUUAGGGCCCAGUCUUGCAAUUCCUCCAUGUGGCUCUCAUGGAUCUCCAUGGACUGCUUGUUUGAUGUACCAUGAAAGGUCCAGCCCAAGCUGGAUGAUAGAUGCUCAGGAUGGCACCUCCACCUUUGCAGUCGCUGUGCCCCCCUCUAUCAGGGUAGUCUGUGACCCUUAGUUUUUUGGGGUUGUUCUGUCGUUGUUCUUGUUGUUCUUGCUGUUGUCGGUGCAUAAUUGAGCUCAUGCUGACUGAGAGAUUGACAGCGCAGGCCACUGAAGUCCUCUGUAUAUCCGCAGGGCAGGCAUGGUACAGAGAGCUUCCUUGCACAGCCUUGCCCAUGAGCUCGUCCCUGGCCUGGAGGGACCCACUCUAGAGGUGCUCAAAUUGAAAUUAUUCCAUGCAAGAUCUGUGGAGACAAAUCGUCAGGAAUCCAUUAUGGUGUCAUUACGUGUGAAGGCUGCAAGGGCUUUUUCAGGAGAAGUCAGCAGAGCAAUGCCACCUACUCCUGUCCUCGGCAGAAGAACUGUUUGAUCGAUAGGACCAGCAGAAACCGCUGCCAGCACUGCCGGCUGCAGAAGUGCCUGGCUGUGGGGAUGUCUCGAGAUGCUGUCAAGUUUGGCCGGAUGUCCAAGAAGCAAAGAGACAGCCUGUACGCCGAGGUGCAGAAGCACCGGAUGCAGCAGCAGCAGCGAGACCACCAGCAGCAACCUGGGGAGGCUGAGCCGCUGACGCCCACCUACAACAUCUCAGCCAAUGGGCUGACGGAACUGCAUGAUGACCUCAGCACCUACAUGGACGGCCACACCCCCGAGGGCAGCAAGGCCGACUCAGCUGUCAGCAGCUUCUACCUGGACAUCCAGCCCUCCCCAGACCAGUCGGGACUGGACAUCAAUGGGAUCAAACCCGAACCCAUAUGUGACUACACACCAGCAUCUGGCUUCUUCCCCUACUGUUCCUUCACCAACGGAGAGACUUCCCCAACCGUGUCCAUGGCGGAACUAGAACACCUUGCACAGAACAUAUCCAAAUCGCACCUGGAAACCUGCCAAUACUUGCGGGAAGAGCUCCAGCAGAUAACGUGGCAGACCUUCCUGCAGGAGGAGAUUGAGAACUACCAGAACAAGCAGAGAGAGGUGAUGUGGCAGUUGUGUGCUAUCAAGAUUACAGAAGCUAUCCAGUAUGUGGUGGAGUUCGCCAAACGCAUCGACGGGUUUAUGGAGCUGUGUCAAAAUGAUCAAAUUGUGCUUCUAAAAGCAGGCUCUCUAGAGGUGGUGUUUAUUAGGAUGUGCCGUGCCUUUGACUCUCAGAACAACACCGUGUACUUUGAUGGGAAGUAUGCUAGCCCCGAUGUCUUCAAAUCCUUAGGUUGUGAAGACUUCAUUAGCUUUGUGUUUGAAUUUGGGAAGAGUUUGUGUUCUAUGCAUCUGACUGAAGACGAAAUCGCAUUGUUUUCUGCAUUUGUACUGAUGUCAGCAGAUCGCUCCUGGCUUCAGGAAAAGGUAAAAAUAGAAAAACUGCAACAGAAAAUUCAGCUAGCCCUUCAACAUGUCCUUCAGAAGAACCACCGAGAAGAUGGAAUUCUAACAAAGCUAAUAUGCAAGGUGUCUACGUUAAGAGCCCUAUGCGGACGACAUACAGAAAAGCUAAUGGCAUUUAAAGCAAUAUACCCAGACAUUGUGCGACUCCAUUUUCCUCCGUUAUACAAGGAAUUGUUCACUUCAGAAUUUGAGCCAGCAAUGCAAAUCGAUGGGUAAAUGUAGCGCCCGGGCACUUCUAGAACAUCUGGAGUACAAACAGGAAAGUAAGAGAAAAAUAAGAGAGGAAAUAAAACAGUAACAACGAAGACAAAUUUACCUGAGACACUUUCUAUGGCCCUGCACAGCCCUGGAGCGCCAACACACUGCACAGACAUCUUGUGGUGACCGGGGUUCAGGCACAAAGGGGAAACAAUCAAAACCAAUAAAAGCUGAACUUGUUUUGCUCACGCAUAUGAUUUCCACUAUGCCUACAGAUGUGGACCCUUUUUCUGUCUCAACUUCUAGAGCGGUUGACCUCGGCAUAUAACAGGAGGAGGGUACUACGGUCGGAGGAGCCCCUUUUCUUACAGCUCACUGCCCACAGACUUACGGGUAACAGCAGAGUCCAGCGUUAAUCGGUGACCCCGGUGUGUAUGGCCAGAGUUACGGCGUUACUUUGCACAGCUUGCUUUUCUGUGUCAUGAAGGAAGAUUUUUUUGUUUCUCUCACCGAUUAUUGCCGGUCAGCAGGAUGGCGUGGAAAGGGGCUCCAUAAGCGCUCGCAACAAUAGCAUUAUAAUAUAUUACACAGGGUAAAUGGGCAUGAAGACUAUAUAUAGCUAAAGAGAUAUUGUUUAUAUAUUGUUUUAAUUAAUAUAAAAUGUAGUGACUGGCGUAGCUUUUCCUGUUGAAUUGAUAAGGCACUUUCCGUUUGCACCUUUUUGUUUUCCUUUAAAUUAAAUGCUAGCGUGUUCACUGUCGCCGUGUCGCAUGUACACCAGAAACACAAGUUUAGCUGAGAAGGCUUGGAAGGAACGUCGGGAGGUAUUUAUGCUGCUGUUUACAAAAAAAGAAACAAAAACAAAAAAAUUACUUUUAAAAGACUGGCUGGUCAUAUCCAGAAAUGAACAUGUUGGAUUUUUUUUCCCCACCUGUAAAUUUGGAAUUAGUAAGGGACUGCUCCCUAAACCACACUUCGUUGUGCAUGCAGUUGAGAAUGGGUGUGUUUACGCUUCAUCCAGAGUUGAAGGAGUGUCUGGUGCUGUGGGGCUUAAACCAUGUGUGCAUUUUUAUUUAUUUUAUUUUUUUUCUUAAGUUUUUAAAAUGCUACCUUUGGGAGGGAAAGGAGGAGAGGCUCACUUAAGUCAGUAGUCACAGGGACAUAGCAUCAACUUGCAGUUCUGAUGCUUUCAAAUUAGCAGCCAGAAUAUUUACUGGAUUCCAGCUCUUAUUUAGAAGGAGGACCCAAAGAUUCUACCUGGAGCAGACACACACCCAACAUGAAGCAUUCGUUGAAUGUCUUGUGUUCUUGGCAUUGGGAGCCCUAAGAAGUCACCUCAGGGUAAACCGACCCUAGAUUAACUGUCCCAGUUCUAGACUGCUGUUCUCUAUUUUGGGGAGAUGGUGGAUGAAGAGGGAGGGAGACAGUGUUGAACCUAGUUCUGUGUUUAAGAUCUGCCUCCCGAGUGGAGGCAGUGCCAGCUGCAGACAUUUGUGUACCUUACUAGAAAACUGUGGACUGUAACUUAUUUUAUUAAAUAUAUAAAGAUAGUUUGGCUUUUGUGUUCAGGUAGAAGUGUUGAGGUAUUGAUUCAUUUUGCAUUUUUUUAAAAAAAGAUAAUCCCCAGUGGAAGGAGGAAGGAGCUUUCUUAUGUUCAUAGGUAUGCAUAUUUUAAGACCAAGUGCCCUGGGAUUACAGAGAUGAUGGUUCAGUGGUCAAGAGUGCUUAUUGCUCUAUCAGAGGACCAAAGCCUGGAACCCAGCAAGCAGAUCAGGCACCUCACAAAAGCCUGUCACUCCAGCCCCAAGAUUUCAGUGUCCCCUUCUGGCCUCUGUGGACACAUGUGUAUACACACAUACACGCACAUGCACACACACGUGCCCGCACAUGAACACGUGCACUCACGCACACGUGUACACACGUACACGUACACGUACACACACACACACACACACACACACAGAGUAAGAGAAAAACGUAAAAAAGAAAUUCUUAAAACCAAGUGCUCUUUUGAGAAUUUAGGCAUUUAGGAGAUGACUUUGGUCACAAGAUACUGGUCUGACAUCAAAGACCAUAUCUGUAGAAAAAAAAAAGGGACAUCUUCCAUGGCACAAGGAACAGGGGGCACUUUUAUGAACACCCAGAUGCUUGCUCUGCCAAUAGGGUCCUCCUUGACUCCUUUGUUAUCAUUUCUGCUCCUGCUGAUGUCCGUCUGAUGGGUUCCCAGGGCCAGCUUCCCAGAGCACUUCACAAUCUUUAACUUCACUGACUUUCUGCCUUAUUUACUGAGGGACUUGGAAAGUAGGAAGGAAUUAUUUGUACAGAAACGUGUGGGGGAAGCCUAAAUAACAUCUAAUUUUUUUUCAAAAACAUAGUAAGGGUUUAACCAUAAACAGGGGAGUGAUAUUUACUUAAAUUUCUUACAAGCAUAGAAAAUUUUAUGUGUUUAUAUGGAGAGGUUAGUGGUCAGCAUAUAGUAUUUAUAUUUGGGCAAGAAGGGGUAAAUCAAAAUUUUAUUUAAACAUAGUUCCUUUAAAGAUUAAUAGUAUUUAUAUUUUGAAAAGAGUACGGUUUUGUUAUUUAUUUGCCCUUUUUCUGUCGUUUCUCCUGUGUGAGGGAAUGGUGUGAGGUUUGGGUUUGGGUUUUGUUUUUCCUUUCUUGUUUAGUCAGAUUCACUAAAUUUGGGGAUAGAUUUAGUAAAGUAUAUUAACUUCAUUUUAACCAAAGCUUUCUGCAUAUGACCAGCCUCAGGUGCUAUCGCACUAAAGAGCAACUGAACCCAAUCCCAGUGUCCAUGUGUGUGACUAAGGAGAGCUGGCUGAGCGUCUCUAAGGGUGUGAGAAAGAGAGCGAGAGCGUGAUCUUGAACUUCAGAGAAAUUCAUUUUCCCAGGAAGGAUUCUGUAUGUACCUAAUGCAGACACAAACACAAGAUACUCUAAUCUCAGUACUGUGCCAUGGUGACAUUGCUUUACAACACACCAGGAGAGAGCAGCAUGAUGGCUUCUGGGAGGGGUGGAGCUGGAGAGCCAGGCAUGCUCUGAGGAACUGAGAGGACAACUGACUAGGACUUGUACCUAAGUUGAGUCCCAGGGAGUCCAGAACAGGAUGUAAAACUUUGGCAUUUCUUUUCUUCUUCCUGAUCGUGUAGUGCCACCAGGCGGUUGAUGGCACAGGAUCUUGAGGCUUUGUUGUUCAUGUCAUUAAAGUUGCCUGAGCUUAAAAGGCUCCCCAGCCUCCUGGGGACUGAACCUUAUUGUCCGCUCGGCUGCAAGAGCACCAUCAGGUAACCUUUUCCUAUAGAAGGUGAAUGAUGCUUCUGUACAGAAUCCGAAUGUUGUUACUGUGAUAUGCAAACAAUCUAGGACAUCGUGAGAAACAGGCCUUGGCCACAGAGAAACCCAAAGUGCAGUGGAAAGCACUUUUUGGACAGACCAUAGAUUGUGCUAUGGCUAUGAGUUUGGGUGUUUUGUUUUGUUUUGUUUUGAAAGCACUCAGUAUUCUAAUUUGUGUUAAAUGGAUUUGUUUUUCCCCAAAGUCUUUAACAUCCUGAUUCACCCUUCCUAACUUAGGAAAACAUGACUUAAGACACUGCUUCUAAGUUUGGUUGUUCUUUAGCCAGUGGAUACCAGAUCUCUGUGAGUGGAUAGGGGUGGGCUGAGGGUCAGGGGAGGAAGGAGCAUGUUUGCCUGUGUGUGUGUGUGUGUGUGUGUGUGUGUGUGUGUGUGUGUGUGUGUCUUUUGUGUGUAUGAAGUGUGUAUGUUAGACCGCUUCUAGGCUACUAAGUGUCAAUGGAAAAGAAAAUGUAUUCAAAAUGCAUAAAUCAAAACUAGAAGAUGGAAAAAAAUGAUUUAUUCUAUACAAAGCCUUGUCUGGACCACUCUAGAGAGACUUCUAUUUUUUUAACCCUUCUAUAAAUAUUUGAUGGCACUAGAAAUAUUCCUGCAAUAAAAUGUGAUUUGUGUAAAGAAAAAAAAAGAUUUUGUAAUGUGAAACAAAGAAAGAAAGUAAUGUAAUUUUCUAAAAAAAAAAAUACAAACAAACAAACUUUGUAUUAUUUUCUUGAUGGAAUUUGCCUAUCUGUCUUUGGAAAACUUUUUAUUUCAUUGAAUGUGCCAUAGUAGAUGUACGUGGUUUUUUUUUGUUGUAGACUAAGGGAUGGCUGUUUGUGUUCCGACAUUCCAAAAUGCAAAGCAACUUAGCAGAAGCCUUGCUGAGGUGGUUUCCGUAGGAUGCAAGCGUCUCUCCUGUUGCUUGUUUGCACACGUCUUUUAAUUCUUACCUAGUGCAAUAUCUGUACAUAGAGCACUUGCCGGUGUACUUUGAUCCCUCAGGGAAAAACACAUAUUUGUACAGUUGUUGGGUUCGUUUUGGUUUUUUUUUUUUUUGUUUUUUGGUUUUUUGUUAGUUUGUUUUUUUGACUUAUUUUCCUUCUCUCUCUCUUUUUUUUUUUUUUUUUUUUUUGGCUACGGAAUGUCGAUCGAAUCACUUGUUAUUGUUGAGAGGCAGCCAGAUAAUCAGCCUAAAGCCACUGUUUCAAACACCGAUUGUUUGAGUCAUGUCUUUCCAGUACUAUUAUUUUAAAAUGAUAAUAAUAAUAAUAAUAAUAAAAAGCUAUUUUCUGACAGUUCUUUGUGCUGACUGGUGGAACACAAAAGGGUAAAUAAUAAUAAUGAUGAUGAUGAUAAGCACCUUAUGGUUGACUUACUGUGAAUGACAAUCCAUCUUGGUGUCAAGGACAGAGCCCUGUUGUCUGGAGUGGGGGCUGAGAGUCAGAAACACUGUGCUCAGGGAACUUCUAAAACUCUUAAAACAGGGUGGCCAGUGGACUGGGACAAAUUGUGGUUUUACUAUUAAAAACAACGAUGGUAACAGUAUCCCUCCAAGGCACAAGCGAACUGUAGAGAAGUGUCUGUCUGUCUGUCUGUCUGUCUGUCUGUCUGUGUGAAUUCUUCACUGUCUCAUCUUGUUGAGUUCAAAAUUCCCGUGUUUCAAAACACGUUAACUCCUGAGGCUGUGUGAAUGGAAGAUGAAUCCGGGAGUGACAGCCUGUCUGCUGUCCCCUCAUAAUUCAAAUGCUCCUGUGAAACUCAUCUGUAAACAAUUUCACAUUCUAUGUGUUAUGAAUUUAAAUGUUUUUAAACCAGCAGGAAGACCUACCUAUCAGUGCAGUGGCCCACAACAGAGUCCUUCAGCGCUAGAAAACAGAGGGGUAUUUCACUGUAUUCUCCAGGGGCAAACCAAACCCCCAUUGUGCAAAACAAUCCCUAUUCUGCAUCCCUAGCAUUUUUGAUUUGUGGUGGUGGGGGUUGUUUGUUUUCCUGAAGAGCUGCCAUUUAAAGACAAAUUUGUCCCUGCGUGGCAUAGCUUUAAUUUAAGGGAGUCUCAGCUCAGAACCACAGUUAGUUCAGACGGUCCCAUACACCACUUUCCAUAAAGCCAAAGAAGCUCAUUGUAACUAAUGGUUCUGAGCCUCUUGCCCCAUAGCACACACUUGGCAGAAUUACAUAGCUUCUUACUACAGUAAGCAAACUUGAGGUAUGGGAAAUCUGUCCAUCAGGUGACAGUGAUACCUCACACCUUGUUUUGAGUGUAGGUGACAGAAACCUCCCUCUUCCCCCUUUAUCUCCCAUACAUGCAUACACAUGCAUGUGAUAGACAUUCUUAUACACCAUCACAGGGCCACUAACAACUCAAAAAGCUGUGGUAUAGAACCCUACAACAGCGGCCUUGUACUGUGGAUCACAUAUGUGCCCAGAAAUGCAGCUGCCACAAUCAAAUUCUGGUCAACGGUUGCUGUCUGUCAUGCUGGUCCUUGCUGUAUUCCCUAAACACUAAUGCAUGAAAUGCUUCCAUCGGCUCUGAUGAUAGGGACCAUCCCACUGCUGUUUAACUAACGCAAAGACCAGCUAUCAGUGUCUUCAAAAGCGAUUGGCUGCACUUCUGUGUGUGUCUGCGCGUGUGCGCAAGCCCUGCACCUGUACGUGCUUGUAUGUGAUCAGUCUGUCAGACUCUCAAAUUAUUAUUUUUUUAAACAAGCAGGAAGACUGGCUUCAUACCAGGAAGCCACCAUGAAUGGGGGCAGAGCAUGCUCGACCACAGCCUCAGAACUUAGAGCAAUAAACACUAUUCGAGUCGCUUACUUACUUGUAAAUGGGUGACAGAAUAUUUGAUCCAAAUAGAAACCUUUUCCCAGGGUCUAGUGUGGAGAGUGGAGAUGAAUGUUUGGAAGAGAUCCGUGUUCUCUGUUUACAUCCAGUGUGUUUUGCCACAUGAGCUGUCCCUAUGCUUUUUCUUUGGUCCUUCUAGAAGCUAAUGCCAGCCAGAUAGCGGUUUGGCUUUAUGGGCUGUGCGUGUCCUUGCAUUGUUCCCCUAGAACAGCAGGCUUCUCUCCAGUGUUCCUGUGUGAGCCCUCUCAUUCAUUAUGACUUGUGUGGAGGAGUAACUAAUAAGAUCAUAAUCACUCAACACAGUACACAGAUAAAUGCAGAUACUUCUUGAGCAAUAUAGUGACUAUGACUUCAUACACACACACACACACACACACACACACACACACACACACACACACACACACACAAUCUGUACGUACUGUACACAUCUUCCUGAAUCCCCAAGUCUCUGCUUCAUCAUAAUGGUUUGAAAUCUCAUCUACAACAGUGGUGGCUGCUUUAGACAGUAGGACAUUAGCUGGCUGCUUCUUUAAGUGUACCUGUAUUAUCUGCGUGCUUCUUUAAGUGUACCUGUACUGUCUGCGUGCUCCUUUUGCGGAGACAAGUUUUUGUAUUGGAUGUUUGGGCCAAUGGGAGGCUUCAAGCUACAACAUAUUUUCCCAGUUUAAAUAUAUUGAACUUAUGACAAACCCCAGACAAGGCUUUUAAUCUGUAAAGAACUGCAGUGUUGGGUGGUUUAUUUACAAACCGUUUUCAAUGUUGUCCAUUUUUAUGGCACCUUUAACAAUAUACUUGUUUCCAAAGUACAAAAAAAAAUAGGUUAAAUAAUCUAGCCAUAACUGAAUGUCAAGCAAUAAAACAGACGACUUUUGUGCAUAGACUUUAAAAACUACAAAUUUUAGACAUCUGCAUGUAAAUGCAAUCUCUUGUUUACUGCUUUCUUCAACUCAAGCAACAGAUUCCUUAUUUACUAUUAACUUAAGAACUGGUAACGGCCUGUACACAUUUUCUCUCCUACUCUUCUUUCAAAUUUACCUUCACCCUGCUUUUGAGUCGUAAUAUUUAAUGUUGUUCUGCACACCUCUAUACAGUUAACUUUCUGGCUUUUGUUCUGUAUAGAUAAGAAGAUGUUAUAUUAUAAACAGCCUACUCAGUGCAAAUAUUUAUCUGUUUAUCAAAUCCACAAUAUGCUGUGUAAUACUGGUUUUCCUAUAUAAUCUAUUUUAGACAUAGCUGUUUAGAACUAGAGUGUGCUAUUUUUGUGUUUUUCUGAUGUGUGGUGCUAGAUAAGUUACUUUUGUGAACAAAAAAAAAUCCCUUUUAUUCCUAGACAAAACCACCUUUGGGUCUUGUUAAUUUCACUGAGUAUAACUAUAUAUUUGUAUAUAUAUACAUAUAUAUAUAUCUAUAUAUAUAUCUACCUGUACCCAACUGGCAACUGUAUCAGAGUGCUAGAUUUGGGACAUGCUUUUCUCUUUAAAUACAUAAUAUCAUUAUAUAAAUUAUUCUAGAGUGUAUUUAAUUAGGAUAAAAUUACUUCCUUAGUGUGGAUAUUUGACAUGUUGGGUAAAUUUGUUCAUAAAUAUAGACAUGGAAAACUGUUACCAUUUAUUUCAGUGUGUUGCUCAGCUCAUCACAUCUCCUGAGCUGAAAAAUAAUUUGACGGGCCUUGAUCCCAAAGCAACAAUCUUGUUCAGUGGAGAAAUCCUUUCUUCCCUUACUGGGAACUCUGUAAUUGGCACCUGACUGGACUGUACAUUUAACUUCUCGUAUAGAUAAUAUGUGGAAUAUUCAUGGAAGAUUGCUAGGACCCUAGGCCAUUCACCUCAUCUGAGUCACAAGAUGUAUAAGCAUAUACAUUGGGAUAAAUGUAAAUUCAACAAGGGACGAUGUUCUAAUAUGACAACCAGUUCUGUGAACUGAGUGGAGGACCUUUGCUUUAAAACUUGUUUAAUGAUGAGCUGAGUAAACACUCUGACAUCUUUCCCCAAGAGUGAUUGGCAUUGUUAAAGUUGUACAUCAAAUAGCUCACUAAGGAUGUAAUUAGCCUUCUUAAAUAUUGAUUAGAAUUGUUCUGUAAUAUUACUGAAUUUGUAAGAUCUUUAGCAAAGAUUUUUGAGCAAUUUAUAAACAUAGAGCAAACGUUUCUGUUUAUUGCACUUUUUGUAACUGAAGGUGAUAAUUUCUCAAGUCACAAUUAGUGAACCCCAUGCAUCCCACUGCAUCCUUACCCACCAUGCUGGACAGUCUCCAUUUUUAUUGCUAUCCCCUUGGUUUUUCAAUGCAAUCAGGUGGUUAAAGAAAGUUGAUGAGAACAAUUGACUUUUUAAAGUGAAUUUGUUACAAUUUAGAGAGAAAUCUCUUUUAAUGCAAUCAUGCCAUUCCUUAACUGUCUAGCUUGAAGAGAGAUUGAAACUUUUGUUUGAUUGAUGGAUGGAUCGAUUGACUGGUUUGUUUGUUUUUUUUUUUGUUUUUUGUUUUUUUGUUUUUUUGCACAGUUUAGUAUCCCAAGCUUCCCUAGGGCAGUGAUUUUUCUCUCUUUGUACUUGCACAUGGCCAGCAAAUGUCAACACUAGAUAACUGUUUAAAAUGACAGGUGUGCCCACAACUAAAACACUCCCCAAACCAGGGUGUUUUUGGCAAACGGAUCAAGCAUGCAAUGUCUUACAGUUAACCAUUAUAAACAAGUCUAAGAGUCACACUGUCCUCCUGGAGGACAUGAAACGCUGAGUCUACUUGUGUGUGGGUCUCCAGGAUCCAGCACACAAAUGUCACACAACUCUACGAGUGACAAGACUGGCCUGCUGUGCAUAGUCAUGAAAGUCUGGAAGCAGCGAUGCUGAGCCUGUAGCUAAGACGCUGUCUCUUCUGUGUACAGGAUGUAAAGCUUCUUUCUCUGUCACACUAGAAAUGCAAACCAUUUACGGGAUUCCUAAGAACCAUAAUAUGGACCUAAACUUUGCUAAUGAUCUUUCCUAGAGGCUCAUCCCACUUUUCACUGACAUUGGGUUUUCUUUUCACAGUCCUCUCUCUACAGUCGUAGAUCGCUUAUUCCCAGCUGUUUAUUUUAUUGAGUCCUGAAUUUAAAGAAAAAAUAUUUUGAUUCAUUUUGUAAAUACAAGCUGUAAAAAAAAAGAGAGAUUUAAUGUUGUCUUUUAAAUACUCCAAUUUUCAUUCUAAUAUGGAUGUUGUUAUAUUGUACUUAGAAACUGUACCUUUAACAUUACAGUACCUUUAUUAAAAGUGCAUUGAACACAUCAAUUUUAGAUGUGCUUUGUGUGCUAUUAUCCUAUAAUAAAACUUCAGCUUCUAAUGGAA